UACUGUCACAGUAACACCACUGACAUCCACUGACAAUCUGGAUACGACACUUUGUUUUUUGUUGCCGUUCGGCUGCUUCAAGCUUAUCAAUGCAACUGGUGUCCCUUGAUAACACGCGGUCCCUUUUUUUUAACCGCUGUCCGGGCAUGAAAUACUCCACCAGGUUCAUAACAAAGGAAAACAAUGACGUCUUCGAAAACAUCCACGUCUGUGUUCUUGCUGGAACAAGAAAGACGUCAGUGCUACCUUAUCGGCUAAACUUGGAGCAACAGAGCCAUUUUUGAGCAUGCUCCAUAGGCUCGCUACGUCUCUGCGGCGGCCGGCUGUUCCUCCCUUCUCGGCCGCUGUACGGUGCCUCUCUUCGGGCUCAGUGGACAUCACGGUCCCGCUGAACUUCUGGGCAGGGACGCGACAGACGAGUCAAGAGAAAUGCAACACGGAAAAGGUUUACGAACCUGCAACAGGGCGAGUCUUGUGCCAUUUGGAGCCGUGUGGUGCUGCGGAGGUCAAUCAGGCGGUGGAGACUGCCAAGUCGGCCUUUGGUCAUUGGAGCAAGAUGUCUGGGAUGGAGAGGGCGAAGAUCAUGAUAGAAGCUGCUCAUAUCAUUGAGAGCAGGAGAGAGGAGAUAGCUGAAAUUGAAGUAGUCAACAACGGGAAGUCCAUCACAGAGUCUCGUCUGGACGUGGAUUCGGCCCGACUGUGUAUAGAAUACUAUGCCGCGCUGGCCACCACUCUGGCAGGCCAGCAUGUGCAGUUGCCUGGAGGAUCGUUCGCCUACACCCGCAGGGAGCCUCUGGGAGUCUGCGUCGGCAUCGGGGCCUGGAACUAUCCUUUCCAGAUCGCUGCCUGGAAAUCUGCUCCAGCCCUGGCCUGUGGAAACUCCAUGGUGUUCAAGCCCUCCCCGGUGACCCCUGUAACGGCGGUCCUGCUGGCAGAGGUCUACGCCAAAGCGGGAGCUCCAGAGGGGCUGUACAACGUGGUGCAGGGCGGCCAGGAGACCGGCAGCCUACUCUGCCACCACCCUGACGUAGCUAAGGUGUCCUUCACCGGGAGCGUGCCCACAGGAAAGAAGAUUAUGGAGAUGGCCUCCCAGGGAGUGAAGUACGUGACUCUGGAGCUGGGGGGGAAAUCUCCUCUGCUCAUCUUUCAGGACAGCGAUCUGGAGAACGCCGUGAGUGGGGCACUCAUGGCCAACUUCCUGUCUCAAGGCCAGGUCUGCAGCAACGGUACGCGGGUGUUUGUCCACAAGGAUGUUCUGCCUGAGUUUGUGGAGGAGGUGGUGAAGAGGACGCGGGCGAUCGAGAUAGGAGACCCACUGUUGGAGAGCACCAGGAUGGGAGCACUGGUCAGCAUGUCCCACCUGGAGAGAGUCCUGUCCUUUGUGGAUCAGGCAAAGAAGGAGGGAGCUACGGUGCUGUGCGGAGGUGAACCGUUUGUCCCAUCAGAUCCAAAACUCAAAGGAGGAUACUACAUGACUCCAUGUGUAUUGGGUAACUGCACGGAUGAGAUGACCUGUGUGAAGGAGGAGAUCUUCGGCCCUGUCAUGUCCGUGUUGUCUUUUGAAAGUGAAGAGGAGGUGCUGCUGAGAGCCAACGACAGCCCCUUGGGUCUGGCUGCAGGAGUUUUCACCAGGGAUGUGAAGCGAGCCCAUCGUGUGGUGGAACACCUGAAGGCAGGUUCCUGUUUCAUCAACAACUACAACAUCACUCCUGUGGAGGUGCCCUUCGGAGGCUUCAAAAUGUCAGGCAUAGGGCGGGAGAACGGUAAGGUGACCAUUGAACACUACUCCCAGCUGAAGAGUGUGUAUGUGGAGAUGGGAGAUGUGGACAGCCUCUUCUAGGACAGAAACGCAUGGAAAGGAAUGUGGAGCUGUGACUGCGACUCAGAGUGUGGACCAGUACAACGCUUCAGGGAAAUACCAUCAAACCUUCGUGCUGCUAAAAAUGAGCCAUAUGUAUUUUAUUAUUAUUCUGAGCAUAAGGUUAUUGUUAAGCUGAAGGAAAAGGAGCGACAAAUAGGGAAUGGAAAAGUGACAUCAUCAACGACAAUGGUCCGUCUUUGGAGCAUGCCAGGGAAUGCAACCCAUUGACUUAACUGGUGCAGCGAGCAAAGAAGCUCAACUUUUUCUUUCAAACUUUUUAAAUACUUUUAAAAUCGUUCAGGCUGACGGUAUGUGUCAAGUGAUGAUGACUCUGUAGUUCUCAUUGAACCUGUGGCUUUGAAGGUCCUGUUUCCCCCGUUUGUGGGGCCUUCACAUUUGUUACAUAUUUUAAAUAACGACAGGUGUAGACACCCACUCUGUCUCUGCCUAGAGCUUCUUUGUAAGGGCAUUUUUAUUUUGGGCAUGCUUUAUUCAUUUUGGAUGAAAACAGUCGACAGAUGACCGGGGAGAACUGAUAUCUAUUGACGGCUGCUGCUAGACGCUAUCCUCCACAGACUUCCAAUUCCCUUUAGUGGAAAUUUGACAAUUACAUCUAAAUUAACAUCGGUGCCAAAUGGAUACAUUCUAGGUUUUCCUCAGUAUUUACUGAACCAUGGAUAUUCAGCUUCUUGUGCAUUUAUAUAUAUACAUAUAUAUAUAUAUAUAUAUAUAUAUAUAUGUAUUGAUAUAUUGAUUUAUAGAAUUUGCACAGUAUGUCUUCUUUCUAAAUAUAUUGUUUAAUCCGUAUGCUGAAUUAUAUAUUUUUUGUUUGUUUACUGGAGAACAAAUAUGUUUACAAGUCAAACUUUAUUUCCUCAAUAAUCAUAUUAAUAUAUGUUUACAUGCAAAACAACAACUGAUUAAUAACACUAGAUUUUACACUUCAAAUAUGCUUUCAUACCAAGUUGUUUACAUUAGAACUUGAAUUAUGUAAGGGAACUGUCCAACACAUUUUCACAUUUAAUGAAUUGUAACAUAACAUUUAACCGUGUUUAACAUUGCAAUAAAACUAAGAAUCAUUUCA